CUUAAUAUAUUAUUUUAAUGAUUCCGGCAUCCCUAUUUUAGAGAAACAAAAAAGAUAUAAAAAAGCAAGUAUCUGAGAGUGAUGAAGAUGAAACUCCAAUGAGAAGAAAGAACAAAUUAAAUUUUUAAAAUCUAUAGUUAGUUGAUUUCAAUGAGAUAGCAGAUUAAGAAGAAUUAGAAGCAGCUAAAGAAGAUGCUCAAUCAAGUAUUAGGAAUCCUUACUAUAAGAUCGAUUUCAAAAUAACAGUAUUAGAGAAGAAGAAGAAUCAGAUUAAAGUGAAUCAACUUCAAGAAAAAAAACUAUAAAACAAUUACGUUUACCUCGUCUUAGUGAUAAAAGAUAAUUUAAUACAUUAGAUCAAAUUGAUUAAGUCUAAGAGAAUCAAUAAAGUUAGGAAGAACCAAUGGCUGAACCUAUGGCUGAAUUCGCUAAAACUCCUUCUCCAAAUAGAGGAUCAAGCAGAUCUCCUAAUCAACCAAGUCAAAAAUAAUAAACUCUUCAAAAUUAAGAGGGUAUUUUGUUAUUUUGAAAAUUAGACAGUAGCUCUGAAUUUGAUAUAUUCAGCCCAGAUAAAUCUAUGGAAAAAGAACAGGCUCCAAGAAAUAUUGAAUUAGAUGAAAAAUUAAGUAAAUUAACUCAAGAAGCAAAUGCAAUUGAAAGAAUUUUACCAAAUUGUAUUAUUAAUCCUUUUGGAAAAUUCAGAUCUAGUUGGAGUGGAGUUAUGAUUCUUCUUCUUAUCUAUGUGUAAUUAAAUUAUUUUAAAAUGUUAGAGUUUUAGUUUUGCCUGUACGUUUAGCUUUUGAAACAAAUACUUAAGAAUUAUUGCCAUUAGAUUUAUCUGUAGAUUGUUUAUUUUUUUUCGAUAUGGUUUUUACAUUUUUCACUGCUUAUGAAGAUGAAAGAGGUAUUGUGAUUGUAGAAUUCAAAAAAAUUGCUGUAAAUUAUUUAAAAGGAUGGUUUUGGAUUGAUCUUAUUUCAACUUUCCCUUUAUAUCUAAUUUUAGAUCCAACUGUUUUACCUGGAGCAUCUAGUGUUAAUGGACUUUUAAGAUUAGCAAGAUUACCUAGAAUCUAUAAAUUAAUUGGAGUUUUGAGAGUAGGAAAUCUUAUAAAACAUCAAACGAUUUAAAAAUUGUUUUUCUUCUUAAAACUUAAUAAAGAAUAUAGUCUUAUCUUAAAAUUCAUAAUUUUAACAUUUAUUGUUAUUCAUUUGGCUGGAUGUUUUUGGUAUUUCAUUGGAACUAUAAGUCCUGAUCCAAAUAAUAAUUGGAUUGUUGUUUAUAUUCCAGAUGGAACUCCAGCUGUUGAAUAAUAUAUUGCUAGUGUUUAUUUUGUAUUAACUAUUUUGGUUACUGUUGGUUAUGGUAAUAUUUUACCAGUAAAUAAUAUGGAAUAUGUUGUUGGAAUCAUUUUCUAAUUUCUUGGAGUUGCCUUUUUUGCUUAUGUUAUGGGUACUUUAACAUUUACUUUUGCUAAGCUUUCAUAAAAAUUAACUAUGAUUAAAGAAAGAGAAAUCUUUUUUAAUGAAUUAGCUCACACUUAUUAAUUACCAAAAGAAACACAUGAAAGGUUAUUAAUGUCUAUUUAAAACUCUAUUUUUUCACAUUCUAAUUAAAUCUUAGAAUUUUAUAAUGAAGAAGACAUCAUUUAAGAAUUACCUCCUUUAGUUUAAGGAUUAGUUUGUGAAUUUAUUUUUAAAGAUAUUAUUGAAAAAAUCAGAUUCCUUUAAAAUAAACCAAGAGGUUUCUUAAGAAGAUUAUUUCGAUCUAUGGUUCCAGUAUUUUUAAAUAAAGGUGAUGCUAUCUUUUUUAGAGGAGAGCCUGCUGAUUUUGUUUAUUUUGUUAUAUAAGGUAGAUUGGCAACUAAAUGUGAGGAUUAAAACGGUAAAGUUAGAACUUUAAUUCAUGUUGAAGGAUCUUAUUUUGGAGAGGUAGAUAUCUUAGUAUCUAGAGCAAGAGGAGAAUCAGCAAUUGCAGAAUCAUAAGCUGAAGUUUGGAAAAUUAGUAAGGAGGCAUUUCUUAGAAUUCUUAAUGAUUAUGAAGAUGUGAAGAUGGAAAUCUUAGAUUAUGCUGUUAAGAAAGAGAAAAGUAGAAAAAGCACAGUUAAAAUAGUAAAAAAUGCUUAAUUUUUUGAAUUAAUAGCUAAAUCAAAAAAGGAUCAAAUUUGUUUAAAUAAAGCAUAAUUAAUAUUGAAGGUAAAAGAGAAAAUGAUAAAUUCUCUUAAUGAAAUUGUUAAAAAUAAGACUGAAAAUGGAAAAGAAUUAUUUCCAAAUCUUUCUGAUCUUGAUCUCUUUCUAGAUAAAGUGAGUGAAUAUAAUAAGGUAAUUAAAUAAUAAAUAAUACAUUAGAUUAAAAAGAAGUUGUAAAUAACAGAUUAAGAUUUGACUUCACUGUAACAUCUAAGAAGUACUAACUAUACAGAUCCUGAAAUUGAAGAUUCUCUAUUGAAAGGGAUGAGAGUCUAAUCUCAUCUCUAAUCAAUUUAAGAAUAUUUAUGA